AUGGCAGCUGCUGAUCUGAGAGAAGAACUGAAUUGCUCCCUCUGCCUGAGCAUCUAUAAAGACCCAGUCACCCUUAUGUGUGGACACAACUUCUGCCAGGAGUGUAUUGAUCCUGUGCUGAAUUCUCAGGAGGGAAAUGGGGUCUACAGCUGCCCCAACUGUAGAGAACAUCUACCAGAACGUCCUGCACUGAGGAAGAACUCAGUCCUGAGCAACAUAGCCCAACGUUUCCAAUCUUUACCACCAGCGGAAGCCAAUGUCUGUGCCUUCUGUCUUCCAGAUGAAGUACCUGCUGUUAUUUGCUGUCAGCACUGCGAAGCUUUUCUUUGUGACCACCAUCUAAGAUUCCACAGCAAGUCAUCAAAACAUGUCUUCUCUGAGCCCACAACAUUACCAGAGCACAAACGAUGCUCUGUCCACAAGAAGCCCCUAGAGUAUUUCUGCUCUGUGGACUCUGCUUGUCUGUGUGUGUUAUGCAAGCAAGAUUGUGAGCUCCAUGGUCAUGACUUACAGUCACUAGAUGAUGCAGCCAAGAGUAAGAAGAAGACAUUGAGAAACAUCUAUGAUAAAUUGUCUUCUAAGAGGGGAAGGGCUGAGGAGAAGAUCCAGAGUCUGAAGUGGCAUGACAAAAAGAUUAAUGCAAAAGCAAUAGGUAUCACCAGAAGACUGAACACUAUGCAUAUAGACAUGAAGGAACAGUUGACUGUUCUGUUCAACGACGUCCUGAAGGAGGUCUCCAGACAAGCAGAACAAAUGUCUCUCACACUCUUGGACCUAAUCAAACACUUGGAAAUUGAGAAGGAUGAGCUGUACAGUAAGAUGGACCAUGUCGGACAGUUGUUUAAUGUUUCUGAUCCAGUAAUGGUCAUACAGGAAUCAAAAGGAAAUUACUUUUGUAAUGAAGAUGAAGAGGAAGAUGACGAGUAUGAUAAAGAGCCGUAUGUCAUGGGUGAUCUGGAUGAGAGUCUGAUCUCACAGACACUGCAUGAGGGUUUAUCUAAUGUGAUGAAAGUUGCACAGGAAAUCAAAGACUGGCGGGAAUAUACAGACCUACUGCUGGACAUAGACACGGCAGGUAAUUAUCUGCACGUAUCGGAGGACCUGAAGACUGUCUCCUGGUCAAAAGAAAACUGGAACCGUCCAGAGACACCACAGAGAUUCCAGAGCUUUCAAGUCUUGAGCAUCAAGUGUUUCUCAUCAGGACGCCAUCACUGGGAAGUGGAGAUGAGUAAAUCAGGAGGUUGGGCGGUCGGGAUGUGUUAUCCUAGCAUAGAGCGGAAGGGGGACCUCUCGGCUAUUGGGGCCGAUAGUAAGUCCUGGGGUUUAUUGGGGUUUAUUAAUAAGUUCUUCUUGAGGCAUGACGGUAAACAGAUGGUAGUAUCACCACAGAACGGCUCCUGCUGCAGACUGAGGAUAGAUCUAGAUUAUGAGGACGGUCAGUUGUCCUUCAGUGAGAGGGAUGACUCAGUGAGACACCUCCACACCUUCAAGGCCAACUUCACCGAGCCUCUUCAUGCUGUGUUUUGGGUGAGUGGAAAUAAAAACCAGGAAGAUUGUGUGGUGAGAAUAAAACUUUGCAAGAAGGUAAAAUAA